AUGCUAGUGCUCGCUCUGACGUUGCUCUUAGGUCUCGGGCUGCAUCGCGCACAAGCAUCUUACUAUCUGAUCCAACCGUUUGACACGGUGCACAUCGGGCCGCUGGGCAACAAUGAAGCCACCGUAGUGAUCGUGCCCAGCCUUGAUCAGAGCUUCUCGCUGAACGCGAGUCAGUCGGGCGUCGCCUUCUCAGUCAACCAGGGCACCCUUCACCUGAGCCAGGUCACCACCAUACCAAGGAUUUUGGACCAUCUCUUGCACGUUCACGACGACGUGCAGACGGGAGCGAUCUACAUCGAAGUCGGAGGCCCCCUGCUCGGUGUGAUUUCCGACACCACCAAUGACGUCGUCGUGGGAGACAAGUUUUCUGCGCCUACGUUCUCGGCGACGCUCACGAACGCCGGCAAGCUCGUCGUUCUUGGCAUCACGACUGCUUGCACGAACGCAUGGAACACAGGGGGAGGCACGCUGUACAUCCAGGGGAAUUUAGGCGAGGUCGAGCUGACUGGAUCGGGGGAUGGGGGCACCUAUCUAGGCUCGAGCGUGCACUACCCUGGGGACAUCGCCAGCGUGGACGCCCAGCUCAGCGGCUCCGGCGGCUUAGUCGUCGCCACCAGCAGCAACGAGACGAGCAUCACUGGGCAGUCUUUUGACAUCGGUCGCGUGCUGUACAACCAGGGCAUCUGUGAUGUGGCGGGGCCCAUGGGCGAGGAUGAUGGCCGGUGUGAGCUGGCGCGCAUCCGCGUGCCGGCCCUGCCGCAGUACUGGGCGCUCUCCGACGCGGCGCAGGGGGCAGCUGCCGCGCAGCUGCCGCCGCCGCCGCCGCCACCUUCCCCGCCCCCGCCGCUGCCUGCCAGGGAUGCAAGGGUGAGGCCAGAGGAGGUUACCAAUCUCAUCAGCCCGCUGGCUGUUGCACCCAGCCCUGCACCAUCGAUGUCAGACACUGGCUCUUUUGCCGGACCAAUCUCUGCGCCAGAUGCAGCGCUGGCCGCAGCGCCGCCGGCACAUGAUAUUUUCCCGGCUUCUGAAGUACCCGCCAUCGCUUCAGCCGCAGCCGCCGCACCGACGCCAGACCCCGAGGCAGCUUCCCCCGGCGCCUAUACUGGCGCGGCCGCCUCCGCAGAGCCAGCCGCUGAGUCACCGACCGGGACGCCAGAUCUGGCUGCGGCGCCAAUUCUGGCCGGUGACUCAUCGAUGGCAGGCGCGCCAACUUUGGCGGCGGCGCCAGACUUGGCCCCGGCACCAUUUGUUGCUGCGGCGGUCAAUUCAGGUUUAAGAAAACUGGCAGAUUCUGGCACUGCAGCAUUGAACAACACAGGUUCAGGGAAUUCGGUCAAUGUCACAACUUCAGUUGGGCAGGCGCCAAACGCGGGGCCGAGGGUGCGAGCCACGGGAGAUCCAGGUGGCGCUGAGUCAGCGGGAGGAAUUGGGGUGGGCCAAUUGUCUCAGCUUUCCCUCGAGGCUGCUGGGAAGUGA